ACUGUCUACCACUGAAACAGCCAGCCCAGUGACUGGAACACGAAGCAAUAAUACACCCGUGACCUGCCGCUGUUGUUACCGUGACAACCAGUAUUGCCUCUCAAGAUCUCAGUGCAACCGUGACGUGAGCAAAGACCUUUGACCUGUAACCACCUGCCAGCCCUUACCUGUUCACGGCCUAAAUAGAACCGAUCAACACAAACCUGGUCUGCUUCUUACCUAAAGGAAAACCCUCAUUAAGCUCACACUUUCUACUUCAGGCAGACAACUGUAUACCUCAGCAAACACAACUUCUGGAUAGUCAGGAAACAGAAGUAAACUUUCAGUCACGACUCACUAUCCUGGUGCUUUAAUCUACCCAGCAGGCGACACAUGCUCACUAACCUGAUGCUUUAAGCCACGCAGUAGACUUCUCACUCUGGAAUCUUCCAAUUGCCUUAAAGGCACGAGUAUAGCAACAGUAGCCAGGUACUUGCACAAAACUUCAGUUCAUCUGAUCCUCAGCAAAGUCACAUCAUACACAAGCCUCAAGAUCUGAGCAGUAGCAGAAAUCAGCAAUCGCUCAGGGGACGGCUUUGGAAGUACCCCCACCGCCUUGAGUUUGGACGUCUCUGUGGGACAGCUGGAGUAGUGAAGCUACCCCAGGAAGAGGAGAAAGUAUUGGGAGCCUCAUGUUCUCUUACUACUCUGCAGGAAGAUGCAAAAAAUAAAGAACUGACUGUCAGAUGUAACAGAGCGUUAUAUGCCCGAACGAAGUAAACACAGAACAUAUCCGUAUGGUGACGGAGAAGAAUAAAAGAAGGAAACAAAACAAGCUUCUCCUACAGAUGAGAAUAUAAUGCUUUCUGCUCCGCCCACUGUGCUCCUCCCAGCCAACCGCUGCCUACAGUCUGGGAUGGUUAGCUACUGAGCGGGCUGCCAGUGAACGCUGAGCAGGCUGGUGAGCUCAGCGUCUGCCUCGCUGUCCUGUGAUUGGCUGCUGGAUGGGACUGAGGCCGAAUGGAGCCAAUGUCCAACAAGCAGGAUAGCAACUCGUCUGAGGGAGAUGAGAAAGGAUGGCCAGAUGUGCCGAAAAGGAAGAGAAAGAACAGCCAGUGCUCAGUGAAGAGCAUGUCCGCUCUUAGCGUCUCUGUUCCAGGGUACAUCCCCAGCUACCUGGAGAAGGACGAGCCAUGUGUAGUGUGUGGGGACAAGGCGACUGGGUACCACUACCGCUGCAUCACCUGUGAGGGCUGCAAGGGUUUUUUUCGUAGGACCAUUCAGAAGAACCUCCACCCGGCCUACUCCUGUAAGUACGAUGGUUGCUGCAUCAUCGACAAGAUCACCCGCAACCAGUGCCAGCUGUGCCGCUUCAAGAAGUGCAUUGCUGUGGGCAUGGCCAUGGACUUGGUGUUGGAUGACUCAAAGCGCGUGGCCAAGCGCCGUCUGAUCGAGGAGAAUCGCGAGAAGAGGAAGAAAGAGGAAAUGAUGCGGAUGCUACAGACGAGGCCAGAGCCAGACACCGCAGAGUGGGAGCUGAUCAGGAUGGUGACCGAAGCCCACCGGCACACCAACGCCCAGGGCUCCAGCUGGAAACAGAAGCGCAAAUUCCUGCCCGAUGAUAUUGGCCAGGGUCCUAUGAUGCCCACUUCAGACGGAGAUAAGGUGGAUCUGGAAGUCUUCAGCGAGUUCACCAAGAUAAUGACCCCUGCCAUCACUCGCGUCGUCGACUUUGCCAAGAAACUGCCCAUGUUUUCAGAGCUGCCUUGUGAGGACCAGAUCAUCCUGCUGAAAGGCUGCUGCAUGGAGAUCAUGUCACUGCGUGCUGCUGUGCGCUACGAUCCCGACAGCGAGACUCUUACUCUAAACGGCGAGAUGGCUGUGAAACGCGAGCAGCUGAAGAACGGCGGGCUGGGCGUGGUGUCGGACGCCAUCUUUGAUCUGGGCAAGAGUCUAGCACAAUUUAAUCUGGAUGACUCGGAGGUGGCGCUGAUGCAGGCGGUGCUGCUCAUGAGCUCAGACCGUUCAGGGCUGACCAGCGUGGAGAAGAUUGAGCAGUGCCAAGAGGCUUACCUUCUGGCGUUCGAGCACUAUAUAAACUACCGCAAGCACAACAUUCCCCAUUUUUGGCCCAAGCUGCUGAUGAAGGUGACAGACCUGCGCAUGAUCGGGGCUUGCCACGCCAGCCGUUUCCUUCACAUGAAGGUCGAGUGUCCCAAUGAACUGUUUCCCCCGCUCUUCCUGGAGGUGUUCGAGGACCAGGAAGUGUAACUGUACAUCACCCUCAGAAAGAACACUUUUGUGGUGGCUUUGAGAGGAAGUUUGGCUGAUGGACAAGCGAGGACGAAAAACUGGAUUUUUUUUUUCUCUUCAUGGAGAACACACUCUGUAAAUUUCUUUUGUUGCCCCUUUGUGUGUGUUUUUUUGUUUUGUUUUGUUUUUUUGAUUUGUCAAGCAACUACAACAUCCACCACCAGCAAGCACACAUCAAUAUUAUCAGAGGAAUGCAAUCAGUCUCACUAGGCACACACACAAAGUACAAGCAGUGUAAAUACUUACAUAGCUAUUCACACAUUCAUACACCAUAAAAAGUAUAUUUAUAUGCAAACAAUUGCAUUGCCUCUUUUUGCACCCCCAUGGAUACACAGCUGUACUGCUCCUGACUAAUGCAAACUGAGGGGCUUGGUUAUGUUUCUACUAGCUGCACAGCCACCUAUCACCUCAGAUAAGUGCUUUUUUUGUUUUGUUUUGUUUUGUUUUAAUCUCUGGGACCUGAUCAUUAGCUUCUCUUUCAAUCCCUACACCUCCCUCGCAUCUCCUUAACUGCAAAGUCAUCCUCUGUCCGCAGCCUAGCCCUCAACCUGCCAAGGCCCCGUGAGUCUUUGUUGACCUACCUCCCUCACGUACUGACCUCUCUCUCUUUCGUGUAUACACAGGCACAUGGUGUACAUGCACAAAAGACACCCCUACAAUAUUACCUCAAACAAUAUUACCUUUCUGAUUAGAAAACACAGACUCGUGUAAUAUUUAGUCAAACCAUAUGCAAGCUACAGUGAGAAAACUUUGUAUGAAGCCCUUAUUUAUAUACAGAUAUGUCUUAUAACUGCAGACACGAGAUGGUAUCGCUCUGUUUCCUGAGCAGAGACUAAACCCAGUCUAAAAAAACACUAAAAACUUUGUUUUCAGUUGAAAUCUUCAUUGAAUUUUCCUUCAAGUGUGGAACUGGGCUUAAUCCAUGCCUGGGACACUGAACCCAUAGGUAUUAAUUACUGUAGUGCAUCAGAGGUUACAAGAUGUCAUGAACAUCACGGUGCUUUCUGUGAUCACUAAGCGUUUUGCUUUAGUGGAUUUGAUAUCCAUCUUUGUGCAGUAAAUUCUCCUUGUUUACUGACAUGGUUUGAUAUUCUUGGAAACAGGUUUACUUUCUUUCUUGCUGUGACUUAAAUAUAAAGUUUGAUUCCAUUCUUAUGCUGUAUUUGAAGCUAACGCUAGCGACUGCUUAGCUUAGCAUAGCUAUGUUAAGCUAUGCUAAGCUAUGCUAGCAUAGCAUCGUCACUGCCAGGCGAUGAAGGCUGUCCCAAUUCGAGGGCUGCUCCAAAUGCGGCCCACAAAUGCGUCCUCCUUUUCCCCAGAUUUGAAGGAUUUGUCGGGUGUAUCCUUUGUUGCCCAGCCUAUCCCAGGAUUCAUAGCACGGCGGUGGCUGUGGAUGAUUUUUUUUUUUAUGUUUAGCUUAGUUGUUGUUGUUUGUUGGAAUGUUUAAAGCCAGAUGUUUUAUUAUUUCCUGUUUUGUGCUAAGUUAGUGUUUUUAUUGGCUGUAGUUUAUUUUUUAAAGGACAGAUUUGGAAAUUGUGUUAUUUUUACCAAAGUAAGAAAGCAAAGAAAGAAAUCCUGUUUCCCAGAAUAUCAGUCACUAUUACUUUAUUGCUUCUUCAGGAGUUAUAGGAUGUUGUUUUUAUCAUUUCCAUGUCAACAGUAGCAGCAAGGAGUUAUAAGGAGAUUUAUUCUAAAACGUAUUUUUCAUUCAUGAUCUACCAAAAUAAAAAAUAAAAAUAA